AUGAAGAAAACUAAUACCCUGGAAGAGCAGAAUCAGUGGCUAACAAUUAAAGAUAUGUAUGCUUAUACUAAUAAUAUAUGUCUCCUUCAGCAUGCACCAAUGAUCAUGGUUUGGUGGGGGAGUAGUGAGAAGAAGAAUGCCCAUUGCUGGCUUUCUUGGGCCAAAAUGUGCACUCAGAAGAAAGAAGGCGGGAUGGGUUUCCAAAAUUUCGAAGCGUUUAAUGAAGCCUUGCUUGCUAAACAAGGGUGGAGGAUCCUGAAAAAUCCUGAAUCUUUGGCUAGUAAAUUCUUGAAGGCAAAAUACUUUCGAAAUUCUGAUUUCUUGUUGGCAGAGAAAAAUCGGCAUUCAUCUUAUCUAUGGUCAAGCUUAUUGGAUGCUAGAAUUUUAUUGAGAGAUGGACUUAAGUGGCGUAUUGGGAAUGGAAUGAAUGUACAUAUCUGGCAGGAUUAUUGGCUCCCAAAACCGGUAUCUUAUGGAGCCAAGGCAGUGGAGUUAGGUUUCCAGAGGAAUUCACCAGUCUAUAGUUUGAUAAACUAG